GAAAAUUAUAAUGGAGUUACCAUAGAUAAUCUACUUGAGGGGCACCAUGGGGAGUAUGCACCAUUAUCACAAUAUCAUAGUGAAAAGAACAGUACCGAACAAGCAAUACAUUUGGUAUACAAUGCUAUAAUGAUCGGGUUAUCAAAAUCUCAUAGAGAUGAAUCUAUUACAAGGGCCAACAUAGCGGUGAACACCUUCAAUAGAGCAAUGACCCUCAUGAUUAAUAACAAGAGUGAUCGAAUUGAAUCCAUAAGCAUGAGAAGACGGUUA